AUGGCCCAAGUUGACUUCGCGGGCGCCACCCAACGGUUGAAGUUCAAGAGAAUUGUCAUUAUCCCUAGUGAUGGUGCCUGUUGGAUGGGCGCGGCGUCUGUCAUCUCGCUGGCAGCAUCGCCCGUCUUUGGCCCCGCUAACCCUGGUGGUGCCGCAAGUAUCGUUGUCGUGAACCGUUUUGAUGUUCCGUGUUGUGCUCUUCGUGCGGACAAAUGCCGAGCCGGGGACGAAUGCACGGGUCCCUCCUUUGCAGCGUUUGAAUCUUUGUGUCGUGGCUUGGCAAAUGGGGCGGAGCUUAUGACGCGUGUGGCAUUUGCUGUGGAUGCAGCACGCGUAAAUGAGGCACAGCGCUUUACACCAGAUGUCAAAAACGAUCUGUAUGUUUAUCUCUCCGCUUGGAGCGACGCAGACUGCUGUGGCCACACUCCGCUUGCUUCGCUUGCUUCAAUUCGCAACAGCGGUGGAUAUCUUCUUAUUCUCUCCGACGAUGUCACGCGACGCUCUGCAUGGGGAACUGCACUGAUGCAUCUGCCUGGGUGGAGAGUGCUUGGAUGCUGUGUGUCGUCUUUUGCCCCACCUUCGCUAGAUCUGCAGCUCACGCGGUCUUUUGUGCGUCAGUGCCCUACACUAAAAGGGCUACUUGAGUGUGUCGCCCUCGGCGUUGCCACGGGGAGCGUCAAGCAACUGCCUGUGAGUUUUCGUGAUCCGUUGUAUGUUGUUCCGCUGGAUGUGGCGCUCCUCACUGCAUUGACGGCUGUUUUGUUUCGCAAUGAUGGGGAGCUUGCGUUUUUGUCGGCGGAUGCUGUCAUGCUGAACGUGGGGGUUGCGGCUGAUGGGGCGUUGGUGUGGGGAAUGGCCGCUGAAUACAUGAUGGACUACUAUGGGCGACUUGGCCCGGCGGUAAUGGGGGCAUUCCCGUUUCCGCAGCUGCUUGACACGCAGCCAACGUUGCAGCUAGCCGCCAACGUCACAGACUGGGUGAACUACGGGGUCUCCUUGAUGAUGCCGUUCCGGUGCUAUUACGCCUGCCAGGCGGACCAGCGUCGGAAACGACUUCUGAGCCAACUGCCCGACUCCAGGACCACCGAAUACGUAUGUGGGGCCCUUAACGACAUUGACGCGGCGGUUCACCGCAUUACUGCGAUGGCUGCAGCCCAUGUGACGGUUCCACCCUCCAAAGAUCCUCCAGCUGCCGCCAAACCACCGUGGAAGGACGCGGCUCCCAACACAAACUAUUAUCAACUGUUGUUGCAACGAGUGGCGCAGGACACGUCCCUGCGACACCUCCUUCCCUUCAUUUCCGUGAAGAAUGUUCAGUGGGAUUUGUACAUAAAGGUCGUUGCUCAGGCAGUAGUGGAGCGCGUCGCGUGGCAACUUUUUGAAUUUCCCUACACUUUACCCUCGCCUGUCCCUUUAUACCAUAAUGACAUCGUUUUCCACGGCGUACGCAGAGUACCGUCAACCUCGUUGUCUCCCCGCAAAUGGUUUACCGAUGUGCAUUGGAUGGCGCGAUGUGGAAUGAACGCCGAUGGGGAGCGGUUUGCCGCUUCGCCCAUGCUUACUAAGGAGUCAAUGUCACAAAUCUUGGCAUGUCCGAGCGUGUUGCGCAUCAUUGAGGAGGUGGCGGCGAAGGAAAAGUCUUCAAAUGCCGUCGUGCGCAGGCGUGCUGCGGCGAUCCUCCGUACCGUUGGUGCCAACCUUAACCAAUUGCAACUCCGUGUCUUUGGCCUCUUUGUGCGCCGGGUAUUUUUUCGCCUGUAUGACGAAGUGAGCCUUAACACGGGGGCCUUUGAACGUCUCUACAAGGUGUUGAACACACCCCGCGUGGGGGUUGUGCUGCUUCCCGCGCAUCGCUCCUACGUGGAUUUUCUUAUAAUGACGUAUCUGCUCGUCGUGAUGGGGUUCUCACCGCCGCAUGUUUGUGCGGGCGAUGACUUCCUAAGAAUGGGGCCCAUCGCAAAGCUCAUGCGUGGCAGCGGCGCUUUUUUCAUGCGUCGCUCGUUUCGUGACGACCGCCUCUACUACACGCUUUUCAGGGAGUACGUUAGACACCUUGUGCUUCAGCGUCAGGCUGUGGAAUUCUUCAUUGAGGGCACACGAAGCAGGACCGGCAAGACGCUUUCCCCAAAGCUGGGCAUCCUCCGCUUCAUCACCGACACCUUCUUUGAGGCGCAGUCGGAGCUGGACGAUGUGUACUUUCUUCCCAUCAGCCUCUCCUACGACGAGCUCUUGGAGGCCCGGCUGUACGCGGAUGAACAGUUUGGCGUGUCAAAGCCGCGCGAGAACAUCAGCAAUUUGCUUAGGGCGCGUUCGCUAUUGAACACGCGGCAUGGUAAAAUUCACGUGUACGUUGGCGAAGCGUUUUCGUUGCGUCAUUUCCGUGACCAGCCGUAUCAGUGUCCUGCGCCGUUUACGCCGCGCGAGGAAAAUGUUGGUCUGUCUCAGCGUCGCGCGAGGCACCCAACCCCACCGCAGGUACUGUUGAACUUGGCGUGGCACGUCACGCACAGCAUUGAGGAAAAUACGGUCAUCACCCCCACAGCUCUCGUUGCUACGGUGCUAAAUGUAUUUGGACCAACAGCAGAAGGUAUGCCACUGGCGGAGGUUCAUGCGCGGAUGUCAUGGCUGCGCACAAAUAUUGUGAAGCGGAAAGGCGCCCUUAGCGGCGAUUGCAAAAAGGACGACGUGGAAGAAAUCACACGUAAGGGAAGCACGCACCUGCGAGACUUUGUUGAGGUUUCAGACAAUGGUGCAGGGCGAAUUGUGGUUCGCCAGGAGGUUGGAGCUUUCAUGGCUCUCACCAUCUGCAGCAACCAACUGCUUCAUGUCUUUUUGGACGAGGCCGUGGUUGCGGUGGCCGCUCGGAUGUACGGUACGCUUAAUGACAAGGGAAACACAGUAAGCGUGGAACGCCAACAGUUGCAGGGUGGCUGUCGCCAACUGCGUCAAUUGCUCUCCUCGGAGUUUCAGGACUACCUCCCUUUUUGUCCCUACACGUUUGCUUCGUGGUUUGAACACGUCCUCUCGCGAUUUUUAUCGUGUGGUGAGACCAACUCUGAAAGCGACGCCUCCUUGAGCCUCCGCGGCACGACCGCCGACGGCCAGAGGAAUAACAAUAAUGAGUUAUCCAGGAGAACAACAAAUGUCAUUGUCAUGCCAGUGACGAGGCUUUUCCGAUUUUUGAUAGCCACCCUCUCUCCCUUCCUAGAAGCGCUAUUUUUUCUCUCUCUAGCGGUCUGUGCAGUUGUUGAGUCAGGGUCUGAGACGGUGUUGCACAAAUCGCCGCUGCUGAAGGCCUGUCAAACGUGCAUUCUGAAACUACACGACACCCAACGCGCUGUGCGCCCUCAGUCGGGCGGCAGCGAUACGUUAAAAAACUCUCUCGAGGGCAUUGCCUUGCUGCACAACCUCCAACUCGAUGCCGCCGCGAAGGAAGCUGCUUAUGUGAUACCCGCGACGACCGACCGCAGCGUGCUGCUGACGCAACUGCGGCAUCUCAUGAGUCACGUCUGCGGCAUGUGCCUCUCCUUCCCUGAAUUGUCUCAGGAGGAGACACAGAGAACGGUGCAGCGUGACCUCCUUAAGGAGUAUUUGCAGCAACUGGCAGCAAUGACUCGGCCGUCUAAGAUGUGA